GUUACUGAAAGAAAAAAUGUUGCUACUUACUAUAACAAUGCUGAUGGGUCUCUUGUUCAGCAAAGGUAUAGCUUUAAACGAGUGUGGUAGAUGCAGCUGCUGCAAAAAUGGACCAACACGUUGUAUAUACUACAAUGGUUAUACUGAUUUCUGUUUGGAUGGUUGCAUUGAUGGAUAUUUUGGUGUUCAAUGUGUACAUGCAUGUCAUUAUAGCUGCCAGACAUGUACUAAUUACAAAUGGUGCAAUAAAUGUAAGGACGGUUAUUAUGGUAACAAGUGCAAUCGCUGUCGAGAUAACUGUCAAUUGUGUAUAUCAUUUGAUAAUUGUACCGAAUGCAAGAUAGGCUUCUAUAAUGGAAAAAAAUAUUUAAAUAGUACCUAUGAAUAUAACGAUUGUCGCCAUAGAUGUUAUACGAACUGUAGGUCAUGUUCAUCAUACUAUACUUGCCAGGAGUGUAAAAUCGGCUAUUACAAUAACGGUAGGGUCACUAUAAACGGAAUAGAUUAUUCCAACUGUGCAUACAAAUGUGACAGUGUUUGUAAGUCAUGUACAUCAAAAUAUAAAUGUACUGAAUGUAACGAUGGUUAUUAUUUCAAUGCCAGCAACGACUUUUGUUAUAGGUGUAAAAGUAACUGUAUUUCGUGCUCAUCGGAAGAUAUGUGUACAUCCUGUAUUGCCGGUAGAUAUAAUAACCAUUUCACUGAUUGUAGGGAGACAUGUAAACCAGAAUGUAAGUCGUGUAUCUCAUCUGAUAAUUGUACUUAUUGCGUAUCGGGGCGAUACGGUACUACAUGUGAAAACAAAUGCGCUCGGGGUUGUUUAAACGGACAAUGUAAUAAAAGUAAUGGUGUAUGCACUUGUAAAACUGGUUUUACCUCAGAGAAAUGCAUGAAAUGUGUUAACAAUAAAUAUGGUACAAACUGUGAUAUCGAAUGUGAGCGAGGCUGUCUAAACAAUAGCUGUGACGACAAAGGAGAAUGCAGUUGCAAAAGUGGCUUUACUGGUGAUAAGUGUGAUAGGUGCGAAGAAGGAAAGUAUGGAAAUUUAUGUGACAAAAACUGUCCUAUAACCUGCUUAGCGUGCUACGGGUUGAAAAAUUGUUCCGAAUGUGUUCAGAGGCAUUGGGGACAUACUUGUCAAACAUGUCCAACAAAUUGUUUAAAUUGCUCUUCCGAACGCACGUGUUCUACCUGUGUGAAAGGGUUUCAUGGUGUAACGUGUAGUUUACCAUGCAACAAAAACUGUAAUGGUAGUUAUUGCGGUCAAUUAACUGGAAAUUGCAGUAAUGGGUGUAAUGCUGGAUUUUACGGAGAAUUGUGUGACAUGAAAUGUAGUUCUAAUUGUCUGCAUUCUACUUGUGACAGAGAGUAUGGUGAUUGCUCACAUGGAUGCAACACAGGAUACAGUGGAGCAAAUUGCUCUCCGUUUAUGAGUCAUGCAGUUGAAACUCAGGACAAUAAAGAGGUGACAAUAGGUGUUACGGUCGGUGGAUGCAGCUUCAUUAUAAUUGUUAUAUUAGUUAUUACGGUAGUUCUUCUCACAAAAAGGUCAGUGCAAGAUAAGAUAUACAAUUUUUCUAAAAUAUAUUUACAAUAAUAACCUUGAAUUUUACAGAAAAAGAAAUUCACAUUCAUAAUAAAA